AUGGUAUCACCAGCCGAUCGGCAGAUGGGAGUUCCCGUCAACGGAGAUGCUGCUGUACCAUCACAGCAACCAGCUAGGACCCUUCAGAUUCUGCGAAUCAGUGCAUAUGCUGAAUCCUACUCAGGGUUAAUGAAACUGACCGUACCGGAGCUACGUAUUUGGGUGCAACAGAUCAAGGACAUCUGCGCUGGUGACUCUCUACAUCCUAAGGAGGCAUACUCGCUCAACCACUUUUACAUCUAA